AUGUAAUAAACAACAUCAAUAAGUAAAAGGAUUGCUACUAUAUUUCAUAAUAUAAAGGGAAUUUACAAGGAGGAUCCAUAAGCAUAAGAUGUGGAAGGAUAGAAAGAAUUCUAAGAAUAUGUCGAUUAUUUAUUGGAAAGAGGCAUGAAAAUUAAUAAUUUACGAAUGGCGUAAUUCAAAACAAGAAACAAUUUGCCUUAUUUAGGAUUAAAAACAAUCGAAAAGAUUGAAAGUGAUUCAAUUCUUGUAUCAGUGCCAAGAGAAUUAAUGUUGACCACAAAAAUAGCAUAUUUUUCAGAUAUCCAAGAAAUCUUUGACGCUUAUCCAUAAUUCUUUAGUCAACAUUGCGCAGGAGGGUGGCAAGAUAGAAUUCUUCUCACAUAUCUAUUAUAUCAAUCAUAAUUAGGAAGACAAUCAUAAUGGUAUCACUUAAUAGCUAAUUUACCAAGAGACAUUGAUUACUUAAUAUUUUGGUCUGAUGAGGAGUUAAAACUAUUGAAUGAUGAAAAACUUGUAUUGAAAGCCAAGAGAGAACUGCAAGAUUUCUUAUUGAUCUAAAAGACAUUGACACACAUAUUGGAUUAAUAUCCUUAACAUUUUAAGAAGGAAACAUACAGUCUUGAAAACAUCAAGUGGAUUUUCAUACAUUUGGUUAGUAGAUGUUUUGGAUCCACUUUAGAAUAGGUUGCAUUUGUGCCUUUUUGUGAAAUGUUUAAUCAUGAGAAUACUGAUGUGAGAUACAAAGGUUUAUAUUUGGAAAGCAACGUCAAUAAACCCAAAGAAGACAAAUAAUUGGAUCCUAAUGAAUCAGAUGAUUCAGAUGGAGAUAGUGAUUCAUACGAGUAAGAUGAUUACUAAUACCCAAUUGAAAUUUAAGAGUAAAUCAAAAAUUACAAGUAGAAAACACCAACAUAUAAACUGAUUGAACAAGAAUUAGCAUUGUAUUAAAAUUAAGUGGACUUCCAAAAUCCUGAUGCAAUCGAAAAGUUGAGACUUUAUUAAGAGAAAUGCAAUAACAGAAUUGAUUUAUAAAUCCAAUUUUUGAAGUACAAAAGAUGGUUUUAAGAGAACUUAAAUUUAAGAGACAAUUUUACCAUCAUUUUUGUCUCGAAAAGUCUGGAGUAUAUCCAAGAAUAAAUUAAGUUGUAUGAAACAGAUGUUUUGACUUAUGAUUAAGUGUCAUCUGCUCUAUAAGCUGUUGAAGAGAAAUCAGAACUCUAUUUAUAAAAUGUUAAAGAAUAUGCUCAAGAAAAAUUGAAGUCUAAGAAUUAUUCACUAAAACAAUUUGAAAUUCCAGAAUAACCAUCAGCAAUUGAAAGUGUUGAGGAAAUGUUAUAGAUCGCUAUUCCUGAAAAUAUUAAGCCUUUCGAAGCCAAAGAGGAGUGGAAGGAAGAUUUAUUUGACAAUUUUGUAAUUAAGUGUUCAAGCAAAGAUGAAUUCGAAAAAGGUGCUUAAGCCUAUUUUUCUUAUGGAAAGAUAUCGAAUAGAUCUUUGUUACUUCGAUACGGAUUCACUCUAGAGUACAAUAUUUUCGAUUAUGUGGAAGUGAAAACUUAAUUUAUUCAAUACAUUCCAUUCGCAAGUGAUAUUGCAGCAUACUUUUAGUUGUCUAAGUAUAAGAAGUUCAAGAUUAGAUAUACAAGGAUCAAUGAUGAUCUAUUGAUGUAUUUCAAAAUUCUAAACUGGUAAUAUGAUUAAGGAAUAUCAUAUUUAUUUGAUGACAUUUAUGAUACAGCCAUAAUUGAUUAGGCUUACAAUUUAAUUAAGGCUUAUCAUGAUGAGCACUUUAAGGACACUUUGAAAUCAUAAUCAGAGAAGCUUAGAGAUUCAAAGUUGAAUUAUCAUGAUUAUUUUGCCUUAAUUUAUCAUAUUGAACAAUAAAGAAUAAUUGAAGCAUAGUUGGAGGCAUUGCAGAUGUUGAAAUGUAAGAAUGAGAAAAAGGACUUUGGAGAGUAACAGUUUGAAUGGACUUCAUAUUUGGUUGAGAAAUUCACAAAUUGA